GACACAGUACCGUGGGGGCGCAGGUUGAUGACGACAUGUCGCUGUGGUGAUGUCAGGGAGCUCUGGCAGAGCAUUGUGACUUUGACAACGGCGAGUAUCAGGAGGUGUCUCAGUGAUGCGGAAGGUUCUCUUUGAGAUCUGACCAAUCAGCGUUGGGAAUCGCCAGUCCCCGGGGUGCUAUGGAGGCUCUCCGGAAGACCGGCACAGCGCUGAGCACCGUUCUCUGCUCUGUGCAGUACUCGCCUCUCAGGAGGUUCCUCCCCGCCUCGUGCCGCCUCCUCCACACCUCGUGUGAUCUACACGGCGCCAACAAAGCCUGCAUAGGCCGAUCUGGGAGAUCCGCUUACCUGAGGACCUACCCGGUGCUACUGGUCCAGCCUGAUGGGUCCACCAUCACCAUCCACUACAAGGAGCCACGGAGACUGCUGACUAUGCCAAUCGAUGUUACCACCCUGUCUGAAGACGAGCGGAAGGCGCGGCAGCGUCUCAGGGACCAGUCCAAGAAGGUGAAGGCCAAGGAGGAGAAGGACAUCUAUGCUGACAUCAGUCUAGACGAGUACAAGAAGUUCUGGAAGAAGAAAUAAAUCCCACUGAGAGCUGUGAUUGUAUAUAGAAUGUUCGGGUCACAAGCAGAACUAAUAAAGAUUUUUCUAUUGAAAGCA